CUAGGGUACAAGAAGAAUAGAAAGAAGCCGAAGAGGACAGACGAGGAAAGCCAUGGACGAUCGGCUGGAGCUCCAACUUUCCCCGAUACCUGGUCGUCCACCUCCUCGUUCCUCCUUCAGGGAAUGCCCCACCCUGCCCCCGCCCUCAACGGACCUCAACAGCUCGAUGGAGGAAUGGAAGCUCUGGAGACCGGAGAAGGAAGAGAAAUCGCACAGGAGGAGAUACCGCUCGUAAUACAUGGAUUCAUUUCUGGAGAGUCCGAGAGGCUUCUCAUGGCACGACCGGAGAAUUGGGUAGAGUACCAGAACAAUCCUCAUUCGGCACACAAUUAUGUGUCGCGGGUUGGAAACGGAAAUGACUCGAUUAUACCUCUAGCCCUCUCUACUGACUUGUCAUCCAUGGCUACGACUAGGCUUGCCACGUUGACACCCUUUCCUCCAUCCUCCAACCGGUCAUCCUCUCUUUCACCCUCCAACCGGUCAUCUUCUCCUUCACCCUCCAUCCGGUCAUUGCCUUCUCCAGCCGGUUCUUCAUCCUCGACUCCGACGUCCUCUCCUCCACCACCAAGAUCAGCCGGAAGGGAACGAGAAUCGGGGAGGCAGUGGAGAUCGACCACGUUCGAGAGGCACAUCCGAGAGACGCGAACCUGGUUCUUUUACGGGGGUCAAUACAUCAGAUCUCAUUUUUCUCAGUUUCGUCACCAAGAUACCGGCCAGCACUCGUGACAGUUCACGAUCGUGAAAUUCUUGAUAUUUCUCAUUGAUUUUCUCAACAUUAUUUUAUCCCUUUCGACGAUCGCACUAACGUAGUCGAGCUCGAUCCUGC